UUGAAUGCCAUGCCUUCGAUUGCCGGAUGUUUACAAUUUUACUUGAAUAUCAGCUGAUGACGAUACUGAUCCUUGCGUUAAUUGAUUUUACGAUUUUCAGCAUUAAGGAAUAAUUUAAUAAUAACUAUGAAUGUGGAGUUAAGUAAACAACUUGAAAUUUGUAGAAAGGAAUUGAAAAAUAUCCGAGAUACCAUGUUUAAAAUGAAGAAAAAUUUUGAGAAAAAUAUUGAAGAAGUGAAAAAUCUCCUUACUGCCAGUUCAAAGCCAACAAGUGUUAUAAAUGAUGAAAAUACUCAAUAUACAUUACAACCAAUUGGCUAUAUAGAAUCCUGUUUCAAAACAAAAAAUGGAACACCUUAUCAACCCAUAGUAUGUCCACAAAGUAAAGCGAGAUUAAAGAUUCUCAAAUCAGCAUUUACUAAUCCAGAACAUUCACUGAUGGGUCUAGAAGAAUAUUCUCAUAUAUGGAUCUUGUUUAUCUUCCAUAAAAACAGAAAGGAUUCUGUUGCAAGGUUUUCUAAAGCGAAAAUAAAGCCACCACGACUUAAUGGAAAAUCAGUUGGAUUAUUUUCUACCCGCUCUCCACACAGACCAAAUGCAUUGGGAUUAACAUUAACUUGUCUAGAAAAAAUUGAAAAUGACACAUUACAUUUAAUGGGUGUUGAUCUGAUAAAUGGUACUCCAGUUGUGGAUAUUAAACCCUAUAUACCUAAUUAUGAUUUCCCACAUAAAUUUGAUAUAAAAGAAAAUAAUUUGUCAGUUUGUGAUGAGACAGUUUUAGCAGAUUGUUUUUCUGAUCAUAAAGUUUCUUUAGAUGAAGCCACUUUGCAAAUUUCUGAUGAAAAUGACUCCAAAAUCAAUUCAGUUAAUAUUGCAUCUUGGAUAGCAUCUCCUCCAAUUAAUGAACUGAAUGUUAGUUUUUCUUUAAGAGCUGAAAAUGCAUUAAAACAUUUUCACAAGAAAAUCUACACUCAUAGUUCAGACUGUGAGUUUUGCUUAGAAUUUUUACAAGACCCAGAACAGAUUAAAGAAGCGAUUAGACAGUUAUUGAAAGCAGAUCCUCGAUCAAGCUAUCGAAGAAAAAAGUGUUCAGACAGAUUAUAUUAUUUCACUGUUGACAAUUUACAUAUAACAGCAUGGUUUGAAAAUGAGUUUGAAACAGAAGUAUUAAGAAUAGUGCCAAAGUCUAGUGUAACUGUUAGUGGAAAUAGUAACACAGAUUCUUAAUUUUUAAAGUUUAUUUAUAGAAAUCUUAAAC